UCAGGCCGUGCGGCGGGCGGGCCGCGGCUGGGAGUGGCUGCAGGACCGACCGGACCGCGAGGCCGCUGGGCGGCGGUCGGCUUCUGCUGCCUGGUCCCGAGACCCCCGCACCUGGCCAGGUCCCUGGCCCCGACAUGGCUCGUCGCUCACAGAGCUCCUCCCAGGGGGAUAACCCCCUGGCACCCGGGUACCUACCACCUCACUACAAGGAGUACUACCGCCUGGCAGUGGACGCACUGGCCGAGGGUGGGCCAGAGGCCUACAGCCGGUUCCUGGCAUCGGAGGGGGCACCGGCCUUCCUCUGCCCAGAGGAGUUGGAGCAUGUGAGCCGCCACCUUCGGCCCCCCCAGCACGCUACCCGGGAGCCGCCGGAGGGCAGCCCCCCUGACGUGGACUUGGACGGCUCCUCGGGCACCUACUGGCCCAUGAACUCAGACCAAGCAGUGCCCGAGCUCGACCUGGGCUGGCCGCUGACCUUCGGCUUCCAGGGCACGGAGGUCACCACACUAGUGCAGCCCCCUCCGCCCGACAGCCCCAGCAUCAAGGACGAGGCCCGGAGGAUGAUCCGCUCAGCACAGCAGGUGGUAGCUGUAGUGAUGGACAUGUUCACCGACGUGGACCUGCUGGGGGAGGUGCUGGAGGCAGCUGCGCGCCGGGUGCCCGUCUACAUCCUUCUGGAUGAGGUGAACGCAGAGCACUUCCUGGAUAUGGCGGACAAGUGCCGUAUCAACCUGCACCACGUGGAUUUUCUGCGCGUGCGCACCGUGGCGGGCCCCACCUACUACUGCCGCACGGGGAAGUCCUUCAAGGGCCACGUGAAGGAGAAGUUCCUGCUUGUGGACUGUGCUGUGGUGAUGAGCGGGAGCUACAGUUUCAUGUGGUCCUUCGAGAAGAUCCACCGGAGCCUGGCGCACGUGUUCCAGGGCGAGCUGGUGUCUAGCUUCGACGAGGAGUUCCGCAUCCUCUUCGCGCAGUCGGAGCCACUGGUGCCCUCGGCCGGGGCGCUGGCCCGCAUGGACGCCUACGCACUAGCUCCGUACAUGGGGGCCGGGCCCCUCCUCAGCAGCCAGAUGACCGCUGCCCCAACCCCCUUUUCCUUCCCCAAGCGAGCACACCUCCUGUUCCCGCCGCCCCGGGAUGAGGGCCUGGGCUUCCCGUCCUUCCUCGACCCCGACCGCCACUUCUUGUCGGCCUUCCGCCGGGAGGAGCCCCACCCCGGGCUGCGGCCGCUGGCGCGCCGGCUGGACGCGGAGCCCGCGGAGCUGGCGGGCGCGCGCAGCUUCUUCCAGGCACGCCACGUGGAGCUAGACGCCUUCAAGCGGCACAGCUACGCGGCCGAGGGCGCGGGGGCUGUGGAGAACUUCGCGGCGCGCCAGGUGUCGAGGCAGACGUUCCUGAGCCACGGUGACGACUUCCGCUUCCAGACCAGCCACUUCCACCGCGACCAGUUCUACCAGCAGCAUUACCAGUGGGACCCGCAGCUGGCGCCGCCGCGCACUCAUGGCCUCUUCGAGAAGCUGCGCGCCGGCCGUCCAGGCUUUCCGGAUGCCGACGACCUGGCGCUGGGCGCUGCGCCCCGCUUCCCCGAGCUCGGCCUGGAUGCGCCCCAGCGGCUGGACUAUGUGCCGUCCAGUGCCUCGCGCGAGGUGCGUCACGGCUCGGAUCCCGCCUUUGGACCGGCGCCUGGCAUGCGUGGCCCGGACCCCCGCCCCAACCUCGGCCAGCGCUUCCCGUGCCAGGCCGUGGCAAGGCUGGGCACAGAGGCGACACCCGAUGCCGAGCCCGAGCCCGAACGCCGUGCCGGGCCCGAGGGCCGUGCUGGCCUGCGCCACUGGCGCCUCACCUCUUAUCUGAGUGGCAGCCACGGCGAGGACCCGGCCGAGGAGGGGCUACCCACGCCCAUGGAUGCCGAGCCCUAUGAGGAUGACGCACUGUCCGGCGGCCGCGGCCCCGCCGGCGACCCACUGCCCUCUGCCUUCCGCCUGCCCGGGCCCUUCCCACCCAAGGGUCUGGCACCCGGCGGCAGCGGGGGUGAGGGCCCUGAACGCGAGGGCCCCGAGGACACCGGCCUGGCCAAGCAGGACUCGUUUCGCUCGCGCCUGAACCCGCUGAUCCAACGCAGCUCGCGCCUGCGCUCCUCGCUCAUCUUCAGUUCCUCGCAGGCCGAAGGCACGGGCAGCGCUGCCGCUACCGAGAAGGUACAGUUGCUGCACAAGGAGCAGACGGUCAGCGAGACACUGGGUCCCGGAGGCGAAGCUGUGCGCACGUCCGCCUCCGCCAAGGUGGCCGAGCUCCUGGAGAAGUACAAGGGCCCCGCCCGCGACCCCAGCGCGGGGGGCGCCGUCACUGUUGCCAGCCACAGCAAGGCCACGGUGAGUCAGUCAUGGCGAGAGGAGGUGGCCGGCCCGGGCACAGCGGUCAGCGAGCGCCGCAGCCUGGAGAGCUGCUUGCUGGACCUGCGGGACUCGUUCGCACAGCGGCUGCACCAGGAAGCGGAACGGCAACCUGGCGCGGCGGCACUCACGGCCACGCAGCUGCUGGACACACUGGGCCGUGGCGGCACCGACCGGCUCCCCUCCCGCUUCCUCUCUCUGCAGGGACGGGACAGCCCCCCGCCAGAGGUGCCGCACUCGGACCCAAAGGGCAGCCCCACACCAGGGUGCCCCCCUCCAAGAGGUAGUUCGACUGAGCAGAAGACCAGUCCCGCCUCUGGUUACCCCGAGCGCAGGGGCAGCCCGGUGCCCCCCGUGGCUGAGCGCAGGGGCAGCCCGGUGCCCCCCGUGGCUGAGCGCAGGGGCAGCCCGGUGCCCCCCGUGGCUGAGCGCAGGGGCAGCCCGGUGCCCCCCGUGCCUGAGCGCAGGGGCAGCCCAGUGCCCCCCGUGCCUGAGCGCAGAGACAGCCUCACUCUCACUUUCCCUGGCGAGUCUCCGAAGCCUGUGUCUGCGGAGGAGGCCGGUGGCGCCAUGGACGUCCUGCGCAAGGGCUCCCUGCGCCUCCGGCAGCUGCUGAGCCCCAAGGGCGAGCGGCGGGCUGAGGAUGACAGCGGCUUCCCUGCGCCACAGGAGAACGGGCAGCCUGAGAGUCCCCAGCGGCCGUCCCUGGGCCGAAGCGACAGCUCAGAGGCUGCCCCUGGAGACGAGCGCAGCCCGCGGGCACGCCUGGCCUCAGCCACAGCCAACGCCUUGUACAGCAGCAACCUGCGGGACGACACCAAAGCCAUCCUGGAGCAGAUCAGCGCACAUGGGCAGAAGCACCGCGCCCCCGGCCCCGGCCCUAGCCCCGGCCCGGCCCACAGCAGCCCGGAGCUGGGCCGCACCCCCGCAGGCGGCGGACUGGCCCCCGACAUGUCCGACAAGGACAAGUGCUCGGCCAUCUUCCGCUCGGAUAGUCUGGGGACUCAGGGCCGCCUGAGCCGCACGCUGCCUGCCAGCGCUGAGGAGCGCGAGCGCCUUCUGCGCCGCAUGGAGAGCAUGCGCAAGGAGAAGCGCGUCUACAGCCGUUUCGAGGUCUUCUGCAAGAAGGAGGAGCCCGGCAGCCCCAGCGCGGCCGAAGGUCCCUCCGAGGAGGAUGCCAGGGACAGCAAAGUGGGCAAGUUCAUGCCCAAGAUCCUGGGCACUUUAAAAGGCAAAAAGUGAGUGUGGAGCCCACAGCAUGGGCCUUGGGACACGCCCAGGAAGCGGCUAAACUGGCCCCAGCACCUCUCUGGUCCAACCCUCCUUCCUGUCUCUCCCCUUCACUCAGGGAGCAACUGCCUUAGCCUGCCCCUUCGGCGCCCCACCUCUGUGCCUCAACCGCCUCUCAGGGCUCUAUGCUCAGGUUCCCCACCCCAUCCUCUCCAGCCAUGCCUGGCGACCCGGGACCCCUCCCCACCUGGAAGCCAGCUCCCCACUGAGUCUACCACCUUUCUUGGGGGCUCACCGUUGGAGCUGGGCUGCUGGUUGUGAGACAAGUGGGACCAGAAACAGGAUGCACCUCUGAUGAAGCCCAGUGGGGUGACAGAAAACCCCUGCCGCCACUCAUUCGCCCCAGACUCAGGGCCCUCACGCUCUAGCACGUGUCACAGGUGCCAUCUCCGGCCAUACUCCACAGGGGCUGGAACAGGUGAGGGCUGAAGGUGGCCACAGCCAUUGCUCUGAGGGCCCCGGCACUGCAACCUUGUCCCUCCAGGCUUCCCUUUUGCCUCCCGUGCCUUUCUCACCACCAGAGUGUCUUCAAUUUGGAAUGACUCAUUCUAGUGCCAUUUGCUUAGAAAGUUUCUCAGUGCAGGUGCUAGUGUUGGGAAAUUUAUUUUUGCUAUUUUGAGGGGGGCACAUCCAGUGAUGUUGGGGGUUACUCCUGGCAGUGCUCUGCGGGGUGGGGGUGGGUGCCCUAUGGGAUGCCAGGAAUUGAACCUGGGUCAGCCACAUGCAAGGCAAACGCCCUACCUGCUGUAUUACUGUUCUGGCCCCAGGUUUUGCUGUUUCUUCCUGAGGUUUUUUUUUUCUUUUUUGGUCACACCUGGCUCUGCACUCAGGAAUUACCCCUGGUGGUGCUCAGGGGACCAUAUGGGAUGCUGGGAAUUGAACCCAGGUCAGCCACGUGCAAGGCAAAUGCCCUAUCUGUUGUGCUAUCUCUGCAGCCCCUUCCUCCUGAAUUUUUUUUUUUUUUGCUUUUUUUGGGGGGGUCACACCCAGCGAUGCUCAGGGGUUACUCCUGGCUUUGCACUCAGGAAUUACUCCUGGCGGUGCUUGGGGGGCCAUAUGGGAUGCCGGGGAACGAACCCGUGUCGGCCGCGUGCAAGGCAAACAAACGCCCUACCCGCUGUGCUAUCGCUCCGGCCCCCUGAAUAUUUUUAAGUAAAAAAAUCUCCAGUCAUUCAGGCUGAGUAAAGAAUUAAAAGCAGGACUGGAUCAGGAGUACCCUGGGGAAGUCACUUGCUUUGCAUGCCUUCGACCCAAAUUUGGUCCCCAAUGCCCCAUAUGGUUCCAUGGACCCACUGGGAGUGAUCCCUGAACACUGUUGCAUGUGGCCUAAAACCCCAAACUUAAAAACUACUGUCCCAAUGUUUGGGGACCGGAGGUAGUGGGCACAGUUUGGUCACGAGAGCCACCAUUAGGUGAGGGCUGGGUAGGGCCACUAGGGCCCAGAUUUGCCCUUGGACGUUAGUUGUCCCCAGGCAGCUGGAGGGGAGCCCUAGGCGGGUCCAGGUGCUGCCAGAAGAGCCAAGUGGGCAUCCUUCCCAGGGCAGGCCAGAGGCGGGCUCCAUCCAGGGGCCUCGUGUCUGCCCUCCCAGCUCCUCAAAUGUGAUUUCUCUCCUGGAGUCAGCAAUA